UCCACAUUUUCCGGCCCUUUUCAUUCAUGGUCACUUCGUCCUGUCUCUCCGCCUCACUCGCGAAUACAUCCGCCGAUCGCCGCCAGGAAAUCGAAAACCCUCGGUCACCAUUCCCAGAUUCGUAAGAAGAGUGUGUCGCGUUCAUAUAGUUUCGAGAGACGAAUGGCUCUCUCGGCGGCCGACGUCCAGACCGUGUACUCGCUCCUUUCCAAUGCUCUGAGCCUCGACGAGUCGGCCCGCAAGCCGGCGGAAUCCGCCCUCGCCCAGUGCGAGAACCGCCCGGGAUUCUGCUCUUGCCUUCUUGAGAUCGUCGCGGCGAGGGAUUCGGGUUGCCGGGAUGACGUUCGCCUCCUGGCCUCCGUGUAUUUUAAGAACAGCAUCACUCGCUACUGGAGGCACCGCCGUGAUACCCCGGGCAUUAGCAAUGAUGAGAAAAAUCAUAUAAGAAAGAAGUUGCUGUUACACUUGCGAGAAGAAAAUACUCAGAUAGCACUUCAGUUGGCUGUACUUGUUGCGAAAAUUGCACGUAUUGAUUACCCAAAAGAGUGGCCAGAGCUCUUUUCUUCUUUGGCACAACAACUCCAAUCAGCUGAUAUGCUAGCUUCACAUAGGGUGUUCAUCGUUUUGUUUCGAACUUUAAAAGAAUUGUCAACAAAACGUCUUAGUUCAGAUCAGAGGACCUUCCAAGAGAUCGCCUCACAGUUGUUUGAGUACACUUGGAACCUUUGGAAGAAUGAUAUACAUACUAUACUGCAAAGCUUUUCUACUAUUUCGCAAUCCAUUACCAUGAACUCAUUGGUGGAACAAGGACAUGAUUUGCUUUUGGUUUGUGAAAGAUGGUUUCUGUGUCUGAAGAUCAUUCGCCAACUGAUUAUUUCUGGGUAUCCUAGUGAUACAACAACUGCGCAGGAGGUCCCGCUGGUGAAGGAAGUCUGUCCAGUGCUCUUGAAUGCCAUUCAAUCAUUUCUUCCCUAUUACUCUUUAUUCCAGGAACGACAAGUUAGAUUAUUGGACUUCACAAAACGAACAUGUACAAAAUUAAUGAAAGCAUUAGUUGCAGUGCAAUCCAAGCAUCCAUAUUCAUUUGGUGACCAAACCGUCCUUCCAGCUAUAGUUGAUUUUAGCUUGAAUAAGAUAACAAAUGCAGAACCCACAGUUUCAUUUUUUGAGCAGUUUCUGAUUCAGUGCAUGGUUUUGGUUAAGUCUGUAUUAGAGUGUAAAGAAUACAGGCCGAGCUUCACUGGUCGUGUGAUCAAUGAAAGUGAGGACUCCUUGAGUUUGGAGCAAAGGAAGAAAAACAUUUCCACAGCUGUUGCUGACAUACUUAAAACCAUUUUGCCAAGUGACCAUGUCAUACUGCUGUGUAAUAUAUUGAUAAGAAGGUACUUCAUUUUCUCGGCAAAAGAUAUGGAUGAAUGGUAUCAGAAUCCUGAACAAUUUCACCAUGAUCAAGAUAUGGUUCAGUGGACAGAUAAACUUAGGCCAUGUGCUGAAGCAUUAUAUAUUGUCCUCUUUGAGAACUAUAAACAAAUCCUGAGUCCUGUAGUUAUUUCCAUUCUUCGUGAAGCGAUGAGUAGCUCCCCACCAUUAGAAACCAAAAUUUCUUCUGCAAUGCUUCUAAAAGAUGCUGCUUAUAGUGCUGCUGGGCAUGUUUAUUAUGAGCUCUCUAGUUACCUCAACUUCAGUGAUUGGUUUCAAGGAUCUCUGGCUAUUGAACUUUCCAACAACCAUCCAAAUAUGCGCAUUCUUCAUCGAAAAAUUGCAUUUAUUCUUGGACAGUGGGCUUCUGAGAUUAAAGAUGACACUAGAAAGCAGGUGUACCAUGCUUUAAUCAGAUUGCUUCAGGACAAUGACAUUGCUGUUAAACUUGCUGCCUGUCGGUCUUUAUGCUAUCUUGUUCAGGACACUAAUUUUUCUGAAAAUGAUUUUUUCGAGCUUCUACCAGCAUGUUGGAACUCAUGUUUCAAGUUGAUGGAAGAAGUUCAAGAGUUUGACUCGAAGGUACAAGUGUUGAAUUUGAUUUCUGUUCUAAUUGACCAUGUCGGGGACAGGAUUUCGCCUUAUGCACAUCAAUUGUCCAAUUUUUUCUGCAAGAUCUGGGAUGAGUCAGCUGGUGAAAGUUUACUGCAAAUUCAGCUUCUAGUAGCACUUAGAAAUUUUGUCGGUUCUCUUGGUUACCAGUCGUCAAUUUGUUAUACAAUGCUUCUACCUAUUCUGAAGAGUGGAAUUGAUGUUGAUAGCCCUGAUUCUCUCAAUCUUCUAGAGGACAGUGUCUUGCUAUUGGAAGCAACACUUUCGAAUGCUCCAUCAAUGAUGCCUCAAUUGCUAGAUUUCUUCCCAUAUCUGGUGGUUAUACUUGAAAGAAGCUUUGACCAUUUGCAGGUGGCUACUAGUAUUAUUGAGGGCUACAUUAUCUCUGGUGGCGUAGAGUUUCUCAAUAGGCAUGCUUCAAGUCUAGCUAAACUACUUGAUGGAAUUGUUGGGAAUGUUAAUGAGAAGGGGUUGCUUUCAACUCUUCCAGUCAUUGAUAUCCUGGUCCAGUGCUUUCCUAUGGAGGCCCCUCCAUUGAUUGCUGGAGUUCUUCAGAAACUCAUCCUUAUAUGUUUGAGCGAAGAAGAUGAUCAUAAUCCUUCUAGGACAGCAGUGCGUGCUUCUUCUGCAGCCAUUCUUGCCAGGGUCUUGGUGAUGAAUACCAAUUAUUUUGCUCAGUUAGCAUCUGAAUCAUCCCUUGCUAUGGGCCUUCAACAAGCAGGACUUCCCAUCAACCAGAAUAUACUUCUUUGUUUGACUGAUAUAUGGGUUGAUAAGAUAGACAACGCCACAGUUACACAGAGAAAGGCCUAUGCUUUGGCUCUUUCUGUUAUCUUGACUUUGAGAGUGCCACAAGUCAUUAAUAAACUUGAUGACAUUCUAAGUGUUUGUACAAGUGUUAUCCUCGGAGGAACUGAAGAAAUAAAUGAAGAUGACUCGGGUGGUGACACCACAAGCUCUUCUGCACCCAACAAUGAGGCUAUUGGGUACGGUGGUUUCUCAGUCAGAGACUCAAGAAUGAGACAAAUUAAAGAUUCAGAUCCAAUCAAACGACUAUCCUUGGAAAACAUGCUGAAAGAAAACUUAAAAGCAUGUGCAGCUCUCCACGGAGAUGCAACUUUUAAUGCAGCUAUUAGCAGGAUUCAUCCAUCAGCAUUUGCUCAGUUACAGCAGGCCUUAAAGAUGGUUUAGAGAAUUUGAUAUGGAUUCUCCAUUCUUUCUGUUCUUGUUAUCAUGUGUGCCUCCGAAGAUUGAUUGCAUUGUGCUUUUUCUGGUGCAUGUAGCUUGUUGAUUUUUUUUCCAUCCCAAAUUGCAUUGCGUCCAUCCACCUUUUCAGCAUUAAACAGAGUUGAUGUGUAACAGUUAAAAUCAAAAGUACUGGAAGCUACAUGGCGGGUGUAUAUCUGGAACGAUUUCUUAGCACCUUGUCAUGUGGCUCGAGAAAUCAAACGUCCGUGAGAAGCAGGUAAAAUUUUAGCUGUCCUGCUACAUGGUGAUUAUUCAUAUUUGUAUAGUUUGGGCAAUGGCUGUGGAAAUGGGGUUUUGACGUUUUUCCAUAUCAGUUAUGUUUUGAGGACCAUUCAUCAACAAUGAGUUGUACUUGUUGCGAUUAGAGCAUCAGAAGAUAUAUUGUGGAGCAGUUUUUUCUCCAGCAGUAUUAGCAUAUGACAGACAUGCGGAGGAACUGCUUUGUUGUGUCGGUAUGGAAUUCUUGUGAUGAAUAUUUUUGUUUUGUACAAAUUGUGGAAAUGGAUCAUUUGAUCAAUUUGUGUA